CAGGCCAGGCCCAAAAAAAGCCACAAGUGUCUUCUCCAUGUGGGGGCGGGAGGUCUCAGCUGUGGCCCCUGAGCUUCGUCCUUCACAUUAUAACCUGCAGACGUCUGGACAUCCAGCAUGGGCAGAGGGUGUGGUGCUGAGACUGGAGGGAAGAGGAGGAAGAAGGGAAAGGAUUUGGAUGAGCUGAAGAAGGAGGUGGCCUUGGAUGACCACAAAAUCGCUCUAGAUGACCUGGGAAAACGCUAUGGAAUGGACCUCACACGGGGCCUGACCAAUGCCAGAGCCGUGGAGAUUCUGGCCAGGGACGGUCCAAACGCUCUGACUCCUCCUCCCACAACCCCGGAAUGGGUCAAGUUCUGCCGUCAGCUGUUCGGCGGCUUCUCCAUCCUGCUCUGGAUCGGUGCCAUCCUCUGUUUCCUGGCCUACAGCAUCCAGGUGGCCACGGAGGAUGAGCCGCCCAAUGACAACCUCUAUCUGGGUGUGGUGCUGGCAGCCGUGGUGAUCAUCACCGGCUGCUUCUCCUACUUCCAAGAAGCCAAAAGCUCUCGAAUCAUGGACUCCUUCAAGAAAAUGGUGCCACAGCAAGCCAUGGUGAUCCGGGAGGGGGAGAAGAUGCAGAUCAAUGCAGAGCUUGUGGUGCAGGGAGAUCUGGUGGAGAUCAAAGGGGGAGACCGUGUCCCAGCUGACCUUCGAGUGAUCUCCUCCAGCGGAUGCAAGGUGGACAACUCCUCUCUGACUGGAGAAUCGGAGCCUCAGACUCGCUCCCCAGAGUUCACCCACGACAAUCCUCUGGAGACUCGCAACAUCUGUUUCUUUUCCACCAACUGUGUCGAGGGUACCGCUCACGGCGUCGUGAUCGCCACCGGUGAUCGAACUGUGAUGGGUCGCAUUGCCACUCUGGCAUCUGAGCUGGAGGUCCGCCGCACGCCCAUCAAUAUCGAGAUUGAGCAUUUCAUCCAUAUCAUCACCGGUGUGGCUGUUUUCCUCGGCGUGAGCUUCUUCAUCCUGUCUCUCAUUCUGGGCUACACCUGGCUGGAGGCCGUCAUAUUCCUCAUUGGCAUCAUCGUGGCCAACGUGCCUGAGGGGCUGCUGGCUACUGUCACUGUGUGUCUGACUCUCACUGCCAAGCGAAUGGCCAAGAAGAACUGCCUGGUGAAGAACCUGGAGGCUGUAGAGACUCUCGGCUCCACCUCCACCAUCUGCUCCGACAAGACGGGCACGCUGACCCAGAACCGCAUGACGGUGGCCCACAUGUGGUUCGACAACCAGAUCCACGAGGCGGACACCACCGAGGACCAGUCUGGUUCGGGUUUUGACAAGAGCUCUGGUACUUGGAGUGCCCUGUCUCGCGUGGCUGGCCUGUGCAACAGAGCUGAUUUCAAAGCUGGACAGGAGAGCUUCCCCAUCCUGAUGAGGGAGACAGCGGGGGACGCAUCCGAGUCGGCGCUGUUGAAAUGCAUCGAGCUGUGCUGCGGGAACGUUCGUGACAUGAGAGCCAGAAACCCCAAAGUGGCAGAAAUUCCCUUCAACUCCACCAACAAGUACCAGCUCUCUGUGCAUGAAGCGGAGGACAAUCCCUCUGGUCAUAUUCUGGUCAUGAAAGGAGCACCAGAGAGAAUCUUGGACAGGUGCAGCACCAUUAUGAUCCAUGGCCAGGAGCACCCACUCGAUGAAAACUGGAGAGACGCUUUCCAAAAUGCCUACAUGGAGCUGGGCGGACUGGGAGAACGAGUGCUCGGCUUCUGCCACUUGAAUCUCUCUUCAUCGCAGUUCCCUCGAGGAUUCACCUUCGACAGCGACGACAUGAACUUCCCCACCGAGCAGCUCUGCUUCCUGGGCCUCAUCUCCAUGAUUGAUCCGCCGCGUGCCGCUGUGCCUGACGCUGUGGGUAAAUGCCGCUCCGCUGGCAUCAAGGUGAUCAUGGUGACCGGCGACCACCCAAUCACAGCCAAGGCCAUCGCUAAAGGUGUAGGCAUCAUCUCUGAGGGCAAUGAGACGGUGGAGGACAUCGCUGAGAGACUGAACAUCCCUCUGAGCCAAGUUAACCCCAGGGAUGCCAAGGCCUGCGUGGUGCACGGGUCGGACCUGAAGGACAUGAGCAACGAGUACCUGACACUGCUGAAGAACCACACUGAGAUCGUGUUCGCUCGCACGUCUCCUCAGCAGAAGCUCAUCAUCGUAGAGGGCUGCCAGCGACAGGGGGCGAUCGUGGCGGUGACAGGCGACGGCGUCAAUGACUCUCCAGCACUGAAGAAAGCCGACAUUGGCGUUGCCAUGGGGAUCGCCGGCUCCGAUGUGUCCAAGCAGGCGGCUGACAUGAUCCUGUUGGACGACAACUUCGCCUCCAUCGUCACCGGAGUGGAGGAGGGUCGCCUCAUCUUCGACAACUUGAAGAAGUCCAUUGCGUACACAUUAACCAGCAACAUCCCGGAGAUCUCGCCCUUCCUCCUCUUCAUCAUCGCCAGCGUUCCUCUUCCUCUGGGAACUGUCACCAUCCUCUGCAUUGACCUGGGCACCGACAUGGUUCCUGCUAUCUCAUUGGUAUGAGACAAGCAGGAGAGCGACAUCAUGAAACGACAGCCGGAAACCCCCCAGCGGAACAAGCUGAUUAAUAAGUGUGUGUGUGUGUGCGUUCUUUUUAAACCAGGUAUGAUCCAGGCUCUGGGUGGUUUCUUCACCUACUUUGUGAUUUUGACUGAGAACGGCUUUCUGCCACGAACUCUGUUGGGCAUCCGCAUCAACUGGGAUGACCGAGAAGUCAACGACCUGGAGGACACGUACGGGCAACAGUGGACCUACGAACAGAGGAAGAUCGUUGAGUUCACCUGCCACACAGCCUUCUUCAGCAGCAUCGUGGUAGUCCAGUGGGCUGAUCUGAUCAUCUGCAAGACCAGGAGGAACUCACUCUUUCAGCAGGGCAUGAAGAACCGGAUCCUGAUCUUCGGCCUGUUCGUGGAGACCGCUCUGGCUGCCUUCCUCUCCUACUGCCCUGGAAUGGACAUCGCCCUGCGCAUGUACCCCCUGAAGAUCCUGUGGUGGUUCUGUGCCUUCCCAUACAGCCUUCUGAUCUUCAUUUAUGAUGAGGUCCGUAAAUUCAUUCUGCGGAGGAACCCGGGAGGUUGGGUGGAGCUGGAGACGUAUUAUUAACAUUCAGAAAGCGUCAGCUGUGCAUGUGCGUACAUGUGUGUUUGUACUCGUGAGGCUGUGAGCGUGUGUGUCUGUGAGUGUGAAUGUGUGUCUGUGAGUGUGUGAGUGUGUGUCUGUCACUUUUAAUAUUGCAUGGAUCAGUUCACAAAUCUGAUUAUCAUAAAAAAUAUUGCUGAAAAUAGGCUUUUGAUUGUAGCUCCGAGUUUUUCUCUUUUUAUCAGGAAACAUUACCAGGUAUUGUACACCUUUGUGCCUUACACGAACUGUUACCAGAGUGAUGCAUUGUGGCCUGGUGGGGCUACGAAGAAAUAUCAAAUGUUGUUCAUCAUGUGAAAUUUACCAAAUAAAAUAAAUUCCAAAGUGUC